GGCACCGCGAUGUUAUAGGUAUAAAUAGAGGCGGCGGCUGCGCAAUCGAUUGUGAGUCUCAAUUGAGCUGGUCAAGCGUGUGGACGUACUUAAUAAUAAUAAACUAAAAUGUCGAAAUUCUUCCUUGCUGCACUACUCUGCGUCGCUGCCUGCGCACAGUUGUCUUUCGCUGCCAGCAUUGCUGAAGCGAUCGAUGCUGAUCUGCGUGUCAACCUCGACGGUUACAACAAGAUCCUCGCCAGUGUCGAUGAGGCACACAAGGCCAAUCUCGAGAAAUUGAUCGCCCAGACCGAGGCUGCGCUCAAGGAGACCGACAGCAAAGCCAAGACCACUAUUUUGGAUGGCUUGGCUGGCACUUUCCCCGAAGAAUUCAACCAGUAUUUGCACAAGAAAUUGCAGGAAUUGAAUGUUGAUGGUGAAAUCCAAAACUCUCUCGAAUUCUACAAAGCUUUGUUGCCAAAAUCUGAUUCCGCUGAAUUCAAGGCUGACAUUGAGAAGUCCAUCGAAAGCUUGAACGCUAUCGCCAAGGAAGCUGAUGCCGCCAAAAAGGUGGAAAGCUACUUGAAAUUCACCCAGGACCACCGUGCCGGUUUCCAAGAAUACUUGAAGAAGCAAACUUUGCCAGAGAUCGAAAAAUCAUUGAACGGUGCCAUCAAAUUCUUUGACGGUUUGCUCGCUGACGCCGAUAUCAAGCACAAGGAUGAAAUCGCCGCUUUGAAGGUUAAGGCUGAGGGUGGUUUGACUGCCGCCACUUUGGAAGACAAGCAAAAGAUUUACUUCGAAGUUACCAAUCCCGAAAACAAGGACGUCUUCAACUACUUGAGAGAAAAAUACGUUGAAAAGCAGUAGAUUACUCAUCUCGUCUAAUGAGUAUUCUAUGAAAUAAUUGUAUGUAAUCGUAAAUUUAAUUUAUUACAAAAUUGAAGAGGAAUGUGUGUCGUAAAAUGGACCUAUCUAUUGGCGUACGUGUGAAAAUAAAAAUUGGCAAAGCAUAUUGCUAAAAUGAAAUAA